GGUUUCUUUCAUUUCAAGUUUUCAACAGAAACCAUCUGUAACAACUGCAAUUCACGAUUAAACCAAAACCCCAUAGAAAGGAAUGGCUUUACGAGUCACAGCAGGUGCUGCUGCUUCUGCAUCACGUAUUUCAAGGCCCAAAAUCCCUUCAUUCUUUUCAGUUCCACACCACAAUCUUACUCUCAAAUUCCAUAACCUUCUUCCACAUCAUCCACACCCCAAUGCUCUUUUACCACACCCUAUUCGCAAACCUGGGUCUCAAUGCCACAUUCGAGCUAUUAGUGAAGCUGCUGUGGAACCUGCAAUUUCUAAGAAAGAAGGGGAAGAACAGUUUUCUAGAGAUUGGAAGAUUAAAAUGCUCUAUGAUGGAGAUUGCCCGCUUUGCAUGCGCGAGGUGAAUAUGCUAAGAGAGAGGAAUGAGAGUUACGGCACAAUCAAGUUUGUUGACAUAAGCUCAGAUGAUUACUCUUCCGAGAAGAAUCAGGGCCUUGACUAUGAAACUGUUAUGGGAAGAAUUCAUGCUAUUCUCUCAGAUGGAACUGUGGUUACGGAUGUUGAAGCAUUUAGGAAAUUAUAUGAACAAGUGGGUCUUGGUUGGGUUUAUGCCAUUACAAAAUAUGAACCAAUUGCAAAAGUUGCUGAUUCCAUAUAUGGUGUUUGGGCUAAAUACCGUCUUCAAAUUACAGGACGGCCGCCUAUAGAAGAAAUAUUAGAAGCUCGAAAGAAGAAGGGUGAAGUAUGCAAAGACAGCAAUGCUUGCAAGAUGUAAAUUUUCAUAAUAUCCAACUGUGAUGAAAACUUCGAAAGGCUCAUUAUAUGAUUUGUUACCAAAUUUGAUCCUCGUCCUCUGAAGCAGAUGUUUAUAUACUUAUUUACAAAAAGCAGCCAAUAUUAUAGAUUGGUGUCACAGCAUUUUACGUGGUCCUCGGCAUAUGCAUUUGAUAACCUUUUUCAAAUUUUGCUGUCAACGGAUCUUGCAUAAGAGAUGGGAGUGUAAAUAAAAUAUGCUUGUACGUACGUUGUUUCUUAUUCUUUCAUCCUUUAAUCUCCAUAAAGUCCUAGGUGAUUCUUCAGGAUUGUAUUACAUAAGUUACAUGAAACUAGCAUUCGCUGAAUUACCAAUAUCUAUGGAUUGAUACUUAUCACAACUGAGACAGCGUA